AUGAUUUCUACAUGGUAUAUGAGCAAGACCUUUGAAAAUCCUGUCUCUUUGUCUUCUCAAUGGGUGAUUCUUCUGGGAGAGCUUCUGUUUUUUUCGGGCGAAUCCGAUGGGAAUCCUAAUCUUCGCCUUUGUUCGGUUCUUCUAAAUGGAUUUAACUAUAUUCCUUGGUCAAUAGCUGUCAGUUUGGCUCUUGGAGGAAGAUCGAAACUUGGCUUCAUCAAUGGAAAUAUUCUUGCACCUGCUGUUGAUGAUCCAAAGUAUGAGGAUUGGUUCUGCAAGGAUCAACUUGUCAUGUCUUGGUUGCUAAACUCUAUGGAGCCUCAAGUUGCUGAGAUUUUCAAUCUUUACAGACCACAUACUACUGAUUUAGCCACCCUUUUGAAAAUGGCUGAAGAGGAUAAAAUUUUCCAACUCUUGGCAAGUUUGGAUCCAGAUUAUGAAGACUUACGCCGUCACAUUUUGAUGAGUGUUGAAAUGCCUUAUUUCAAUACUGUUUGUCACACCAAGAAUAGGUGUUGGAUUCUUCACCCUCAUUUGAAGCCAAAAUUUGGAAAGGAAGGAAAAGGAGAACAAAAACACAGUGCCAAUCAAGUUUCUGCUGCUGAUGAUUUUGAAAAAUUCACUACCAACCCUUCAGUUUUUCUUGGUAUUGUCAAAGCCUUUGUGACUGCACUUAUUUCUAGCACUAUGUCAAAUGUUUGGGUUAUAGAUUCGGGAGCCACCGAUCACAUGAUGAAUAAAAAACAAUAUCUUUGUGAUUUUAAGAAUUUCACUAAGGCUCACUCUGCCUCUGUAGCUUAUGGAACUGAUGUCUCAGUUUUGGGCCAAGGGAAGGAUCGAAUUACCAAGAAGAAUAUUGGUGAAGGUGUUUACUCAAAUGGAUUAUAUCUUCUUCAUCAUUUUCCUAACAACUCAAGAGGGCUCCAAGGAGUUCUUACGGUAGCCUAUGUGAUCAAUAGGCUUCCAAGUAGAGUUCUUAACUACAAAUCUCCUCCUGAAGUUCUCAAAGGAAGGAAAAUUGAUCUUUCCCCCCUUCGUAUCUUUGGCUAUGUUCGUUUUGUUCAUAUUCAAGGAUUACAUCGAGAUAAAUUUGACUUAAGGGCAGCUAAGUGUGUUUUUAUGGGUUAUUCUUCAACACAAAAAGGGUAUAAAUGCUGUGAUUCAAGAACCCGAAAGAUCAUUAUAUCUCGUGAUGUUGUGUUUGAUGAAACAUGUUCCUUCUUUGAUAAAUCCUAUGGAAAUAAUAGUAAAGGGGAGAGCUUUCUUGAUCAAGUGCCUUUGCCAAUUGUAGAAACCAUUGAUGAUCAUAGUCCUACAAGUGUUCCUUGUUCUCGAGAUAUAACUUCCAGCAGUGAAGGAACACCUUCCAACAACGAAGGUACUCCUUUCGACAGUGUUCAAACUGAGCUUAUUUCUAUUCUUCCUUCUCUAGUUGCACCACGAAGAAAUCCAAGUCGAGCGCGGAAUCCCCCACCAAAAUUCAAGGACUAUAAUGCCUUUUUGCAUGGAGAAUUAGAAGAGGAAGUUUACAUGAGCUUGCCACCUGGUCAUCCUCAAGAAAAACAAGAAGGAAUGGUUUGUAAAUUGCACAAGGCUAUCUACGAACUUAAGCAAUCUCCAUGGGCUUGGUAUGCCAAAUUAAGUUCAGUUCUUGAAAGUAGCAAUAUGAGAGAGAUUCAUAAACUCAAGUCUUUUCUUCACAAGAAGUUUGCUAUUAAGGAUUUAGGGUCCUUAAAAUAUUUGUUGGGUAUUGAAAUUGCCUCUUCAAGCAAAGGUUUAUUUCUUAAUCAACACAAGUAUGUGUUGGAUCUUCUUCAAGAAACUGGUAUGUUAGAAACCAAACCAGUCAUUACCCCAAUUAACUACAAGGCCAAACUUGGUCUCGAUGGAGAUUUGUUAGCAGAUGCUAGUUGUUAUCAAAGGCUGGUUGGGAGGCUCAUUUAUCUUACUAUUACUCGUCCUCACAUCUCUCAUGCAGUAAGCUUAGUAAGCCAAUUCAUGCAUUCUCCUCAAUCAACUCACCUGCAAGCAGUCAAACGGAUUCUUCAUUACUUAAAGGGUUCCAUUGGUUGUGGUAUUUUGAUGAGGAAAAAUGGAAACAAUCAAAUUAUAGGGUACUCAAAUGUUGAUUGGGUAGGGUGUCAAAUUGACCGGAAAUCCAACACAGGAUAUUGUACCUUCGUUGGAGGAAAUUUGGUCACAUGGAAGAGUAAGAAACAAAGUGUCGUUGCUCGUUCAAGUGCUGAAGCCGAAUACAGAGACAUGAAACUAUUUUUCCAGUAUCAAUGA